CCUAAGUUGGGAAGGACAGAUCAAUUUUUUUUCCCUCUAGACUUGUCUAAAUAGCAACUCAAUUUAGUUUGCACAUAACUUCCUACAGGCUGCAACAAACCAAAAAGGCCAAGAAAAAGACCAAAAGAAUCCUAAAUCAAGAAUGCAAUCACCUUGUUUCAACUGUAUUUGCUGCCAGAAUUCCCAUGGAGAAAAAAAUCCCUCCUCUAAAAUCGGCAUAAUCAUCACUUGUCAUCGCGAAUUCAUCGAUGCAGUUGCUUCAUCCAUCCAGCCAAAUUCCCAAUUUACUAACCAUGAGUGUUUGCCUUCUUGUGCAGAACUAUUUGCCAACUUACAAGAAGCGCAUCCACAUUACAGUCAGACUAAUCUUGCUGAUGAAAUUCGAGCUAACGAAUACUAUCACCUCACUCUUUCGAAACAUGUUUGUUUUGAUUACAUUGGAAAUGGCCUUUUUUCUUACUACCAACAACAGAACAUGAUCAAAUCUCAUCCAAUUCACGAUUCAAUCGCCUCUUCAUCAUCUGCUCCACCCCCUCCUCCUCCUCCUACUCACAACGAGCCUUUCUUUAACAUUUCGUAUAAGUCAGUGAGUUUAACUACUCAAUUGCUCUACGGAGGGCAAGAAUCAGAUAUAGAACGUAAAAUGAGGAAAAGGAUUAUGAAAUACAUGAAUCUCUCUAACCAUGACUACUCAAUGGUCUUUACAGCUAACCAAUCUUCUGCAUUUAAGCUCUUGGCUGACUCUUAUCCCUUUGAGUCUAAUCCUAACCUCCUUACUGUUUACGAUCACGAAAAUGAAGCAGUGGAAGGGAUGAUCGAUAACGCUAAGAAAAAAGGGGCUAAAGUGGUAUCAGCAGAGUUCUCAUGGCCUAAUUUGAGAAUCAAUUCAAGAAAACUGCGAAAAACGCUUAGUGUCAAGAAGAAACAGGGGUUAUUUGUUUUCCCUCUUCAGUCUAAAGUAACAGGAACAAGAUAUUCGUAUCAAUGGAUGAAUAUUGCACAAGAAAACGGAUGGCAUGUCGUGUUUGAAGCAUCUGCUUUAGGUCCCAAAGACAUGGAAACAUUAGGCUUGUCGAUUUUUCAACCUGAUUUUCUCAUUUGCAAUUUCUACAAAGUGUUUGGUGAAAAUCCUUCUGGUUUUUGUUGUUUGUUCGUGAAAAACUCAACCAUAUCACAGUUGAACAAAUCAUCCACUAGUUUGGGAAUUAUUCGUCUUGUUCCAGUAGACGCGAAAUCAUUUGAACACAAAAACGACUCCUCUUCUUCAAUUUCAUCAGAAAACUCUGUUUCAGAAUUCCAAGAAAUCAAACAAGUGUCUGAUCAAGAACCUAAGACAUUAUUCGAAAUACUGAAUUGGGGUAACAAAUCCAACGAGAAGACUCUUUCAACGACAACUACAAGCUUGGAAUGCAGAGGAUUAGAUCAUGCUGAUAAACUCGGCCUAAUACUAACAAGUAGCAGAGCAAGGUACCUUAUAAACUGGCUAAUAAACGCGUUAACGCGUCUUCAACAUCCUCAUACUGAAGAUAUUCAUCAUCCUUUAGUGAAAAUCUAUGGAUCAAAGAUACAUUUCAAUAGAGGACCAGCUGUGUCAUUCAAUGUGUUUGAUUGGAAAGGCCAAAAGAUUGAUCCAACACUAGUUCAAAAGCUCGCGGAUCGACACAACAUAUCACUUUCUUGUGCAUUUUUGAAACAUAUAUGGUUUUCAAAAAUGUAUGAUGAUGAAAAAAACACAAUCUUGGAGAGUUGUGAUGGUGAUAAUUAUAAUAAUAAUAAGAAGAAGGAGAAAAUGAGUUUUGGUGUAUCAGUUAUUAGUGUUUCAAUUGGGAUGUUGACAAAUUUUGAAGAUUUGUAUAAGUUAUGGAGUUUUAUAGCUAGAUUUUUGGAUGCUGAUUUUGUAGAGAAAGAGAAAUGGAGAUAUAAGGCACUUAAUCAAACAACUAUUGAGGUGUAGAUUGAAUUUUUAUUUUU